AACCAAGCCAAACCAAACGAACGUCAAAUACUCUAAUCAAUCUAUCUUCACCAAACCAGUGUUUAGCGGCGACCUAUCGAAUAAAAACUAUCAAAUAACUAUAAAAGCGGGUAAAAGAAAUGGCUGAUUCUACGGUAUUAGACGCUAGUAAAAUGAAGGUAGUAGACUUACGUAAAGAGUUAAAGUCGCGUGGCCUUCCUCAUACGGGCGACAAAGCAGAACUCGUGGCUAGACUACAAACAGCCAUGGCACAAGACGAUCACCAAGAUAUCAACUUGGAUUCAGAUGAAAUAGACUCUGAUAGUGUGCUGGAAGAAGAUGAAAAAUUGGACGACGAUGAUGAAAAAAGCCAAACCGACCUACUCGAUGACUCCGCGGUGGACACUAUAAACGAAGAAUUGGCGCUUGCCGAUCAACCGGCACCGAAGCCUGCUAGUGAGGUGAAGCCGCUAAGAACACUCAAACGAAAAAUAACUGCUGACACAAAGGACUCCAAAGAAGAAAACAAGGAGGCUGGAUGUAAAAAAAUUGUAUUAACCAGGCCCACUUCUGUGACACCAGCUCUUAAUACAGAUGCAGAAACAACCCAAAGUCAACCGGAAGUUACAGCUCCAACUGACACCAAAAUAAAAAUAACUUCAGACAUUGAUGCCAAAACCAGGUUAGAAAUGCGUGCUAAAAGAUUUGGAUUACCUGUCAAAAUGUCAGAUGAUGAAAGGAAAGAAGCCAGGAAACAGAGAUUUGGUCAGAACACUUCAAGCCCAAUCACUUCCAACAAGACACCAGCAACAUUGAGUGAGAAUUUUGAUAAACUCAAACAAAGAGCUGAAAGAUUUGGACAAUCAGUGUCUAAAAUUAUGACUGAUAUAGAACUUAAGGAAAAGAUUGAGAAGCGUAAGGCUAAAUUUGGUACUGUUAAGUAACCUAAGAUGUUAGAAUAAGGAUGUGAAUUGUAAAUAUCCAUGUUACUAAAGCCUGACCAAGAAUAUUAUGAGCAUUGAGCAAGAGGGCCAAGAUAUACAUACUAUGAAAAAAUGACAUGGCGCAUUGUCAUAUAUUUCUGGUCUGGCUUUACAAGUUUCCUGUUUAAGUAUACUAAAAUUGUUGAUAUGACUUCAGUUUCAUGAAAUUGAAAUUAAAUAUUUUGCAGUA